AUGGAUGACGCGUUUCCAGUAAAUAAUGUAAAUGAUGCUAAUUCUGACGAUAGCGGGUCAGAAUUUUCAGGAUUUGGACCAGAGGACAUUCCCUCUGACAUUGAGGUUCCAUACAAAUCGGAAUCUAGCGAAUCUGAGUCGGAUUCUGACGAGGAACCGUCGACGGAAUGGACGUCAAGAUUUUCUCCAUUGGCCUUCGAUAACUUUGUUGAGCGACCUGGCCCCAUCCUUCCUCAUGAUUUCGAUGACGAACUUGCUUCCCCUUUGGACUUCUUCUCACUGAUGUUCCAUCCCAUGAUGUUCGCUGAAAUGGCAAGGCAUACGAACAACUAUGCCACAUGGAAAAUGGAGACGGAGGGAAGACAUGAUCCAAAGUGGACGGAAACAGAUUCUGCGGAGAUAAGAGCAUACAUUGGACUCAAUAUUUGGAUGGGUUGCAACUGGGUUCCGACGAUCGAACGGUAUUGGAGCGAGAAUAUAUUCAAGGGAAAUCAAGGCUUCAAAACGGUCAUGACUGUCAAUAGGUUCCAGAAACUCAACCAAUAUUUUCACGUGUCCGACAGAGCUGCUGAACCCGCACGAGGAGCACCCAAUCAUGACAAACUGUAUAAAAUUCGACCUGUAAUAGAGCAUGUUUCAGGGACAUUUGGUGACAGCUAUACGCAUGGCAAGCAAGUGGUAAUAGAUGAGGCAAUGGUGAAAUUCUAUGGACGGAAUUCAAUGAAACAGUAUAUGAAGGCCAAGCCCAUCAAACGAGGAAUAAAGAUAUGGAUGCUGUGCGACUCCAAUACAUACUACUGUUCCAAGUUUAGCGUGUAUCUGGGUCGCCAGAACAACGCCACUGAACAUGGACUGGCCUACAAUUUCGUAAGGAAUAUGACCAGUGAGAUCCGAGGAACCAACCGUGAGGUCUACUGCGACAAUUAUUCUUAA